AUGUCCCACCACCAAGACCAUGUGAUGUCCAGGCGAUGGGCAUGUAGCUCAAGUUGGACAUUGCAGGUGCUGACCUCAGUGCUCAGCCUGAUUGCCUUCAUCCUGCUGCUGGUAAUGGUCUUCUCCAAGAAAUGGCUGCAUCUCUCUGGGAGCCGCUUCUACCGGCACUGGCCUGCCAAUAUCAGAGCCAGAAUCUACACCAAGGCCCAUAUCAUGUCCAUGGGGCUCAUAUACAUCUGCAGAGCCAAAAGCUGUAGCCCAGAGCAUUGGAAAGUCACCUUCAUUUUCUUCACCCUCAUGUUCUUCCCUAUUAACCUCUGGAUCUUUGAGUGGAAGAGGAAUCUAUCAAUCCCCAUUGGCUGGAGCUAUUUCAUUGGUUGGCUGGUGUUUUUCCUAUACGUUGUCUGUGCAGCCCUUUGCUACUUCAACCAAAACAACUUCUGGAGCCUAGUUCUGAUGCGCCCCUCUGGCACCGUGUCCUGCAGCAGUAUGAGCUUCUCUGAAGACUCUGAAGGGGAACACAGGGAUUCAAAGCAACCACCUGGAUUACCUGGAUCCUCAUAGAAAAGAAGGCGUCUUCGUGCCCUUUACUGAGGUCUCCUGAGGACCACGUUCUGUCCACCCAUCUGAAUCUUCUCCUCACCCGUCCCUCUCCCCCUCUCGCUCAGUGGAAGGAAUCAGCCAGGGACGGACUUCGGACGCGCUGUGCUCCUCGUCCUCGUUCCUGCCUUCCCUCCAGCGUGGGUGACCUGGAAUAAAGCGUCUCUUUUGAAAAUCAUGCCCGGCAGUUAAGCUGGCAUUUGGUAGAGGGAAGUAGAAGAGGCGAAAUUAUGCUUGUUUCCCCGUUCUCCCUUCCUACGAAUCUGUUGGUACCCUUGGGUGCCUCAACCUGCCAAACCUCUACCACGGGGCCCUGUACACGAGCAAAUAAAUGCCUCUCGGGAGCUCA